AUGUCAAAAGGUCCAUCUGAUGUGUCGCACUUGGGCAGUCACACGCCUGAUUGGACAACUUCGGCUUCCAACAUGGGUGCCAGCAAUGCACCCAGUCGGACAACUUCCUCUCAUCGCCCAGCGGGGACCGUCCAACAGACCUCGCCUUUGCAAUCCCGGUCCAGAUCACGUAUCCGAGGCCUAUUGAUAGGCCCUGGGAGGAGUGGCGAGCACCCAAGCGGCAAAUAUAGCAAUCAAUCACGCCAUGGAAACCACUCCUGGAAUGGGCUCACCUCCAUCAGACUAGGGCGCCGGCGCAAACAACCUGCUCCCUCGGAACCACCCCCAGCUGCUCAAGAACCCCAACUGUAUUUGAGCCACUCCGCCAACCGUUUGGGAAAACCUUCUCCAGCCAAUCACCAAUCGAGCCCCACCACCAAUCCAGGCACUCCCCCUGCUUAG